CUGGUGGAAAACAGAAGUGCGAAUAGCAGCUCCCAAACCCACAGCUGCAAGAUGAAUUUCCCCUGCACACCAUGACAUCAGGUUCCCGCCUCUUUCAGCUCUGUGCCAUGAGGUCGUUUGCCCUCCUCCUGCUCUCCUUCCUCGUGGGUGUGAGCGAUGUUCAAGGGGGUUCAGACUUCAGAGUCUGUGCUUUCAACCUCCAUCACUUUGGGGAUUCCAAGACCAAGAAGAGCGCUGUCAUGCAGACCCUGACCAGGAUCAUCGCUCGCUGUGAUGUGUGUUUGCUUCAGGAAGUGAGAGACAGUAAAGAAAAAGCUGUGCCGCAGUUGAUUACACAGCUUAACAGCUAUGACGGUGAGCAUACGUAUGACUCUGUGGCCAGUGAGAGGCUGGGCCGGUCGGACACAUACCAGGAGCAGUAUGUGUUUGUUUAUAGGACUGACACAGUGACAAUCACUGGCCAGUAUCAGUAUCCAGACAAUCGACCGGGAGAUGUGGAUGCUUUCUCCAGAGAGCCUUUUGUUGUCCGCUUCAGAGCCCCCAAGACAGCUAUAAAGGAGUUUGUCCUCAUACCUCAGCACACCACUCCGACCAACACCACUAAGGAACUCGAUGCACUGUAUGAUGUUUUGCAAGAUGUGAAAAAGAUGUGGAAAACUGAGAAUGUGAUGCUUCUUGGGGACUUCAACGCUGACUGUGGCUACCUCGCUAAGAAGAACAGGAAGAAUGUGCGCCUGAUUACAGAGAAGAACCUCUUUUGGCUCAUUGAAGAUAAAAUCGACACCACUGUGAAAUCGACCACAUCCUGCACCUACGACAGGAUCGUUGUGCACGGGGAAACAUUUUUCAGAGCAAUUGUGCCUCUUUCAGCCAAACCCUUUGACUUCCAAACAGAAUACCAACUCACAGAGGAGGAGGCGCUGGAGGUCAGUGACCACUACCCGGUGGAGGUUCUGCUGAGGGUCGUCCGUUCAAAAGUGUCCUUCAGUGGUGCCACUUCUUUGGCAUUAACUGUAAAUCAAAACCCAUCUGAAUCAAAGUUCCUUUCUUUGUUUGUCCUCAGCCAUCUGGUCUUCCAAGCGUUAACAUGGUAGUUUAACAGUAAAGCUAUGCAGGUUUUUGUCUGUGGACAAUCUCAGGACAGUUCAUGUCAUCAUGACCUGGUGUGAACUUUAUGAUUCUCCAGUCACAACAGUUGACCUUUAACAUUAUAUAAUUCAUAUUGCACAAUAAUUUAUCUACGUGUAUCUUUGUGGGAGUCCUCAGUAUGAUUUAAGCUUAAGAAUCUUUGCUUCAUUGCACCGCUGCAAAAAACAGUACAGAUGCUGGUAGAUGUGAAAAUGUCAGUAAAAUUAGGAAUCUGUGCACUGAAUCUGCUUCAUUUGUUUCUUCAGUUUAUGAAAACUGUACCCAGUCAUUCAUUCCUUCAAACUGAUCCACGGUAGAGAGGACAGACCACACAUUAUGUUACAGGAUUGUAGUAUCAUCAGAAAAAAAUCUCUUAUUCUACACUGUUGAAAAUCAGAAGCGUAUCUACUAUAUGUGUCUCAGCCCG